AGGAGCUAUCAGCAUAAGAGAAGCUGAUGUGCUGCAGUCUGUGCCUCACAUUUUGAUUCAUAUUCCCUCUCCUUUUUCAUUGGGAUUUGAGAGAAAUAAAUAACUAAAUAUACAUGCGGUAUCGGGAGAUCUCUGGCUGGACCUGUCUCAAGGGGGUUUCCCCAUGUUAUUCUCUUGUCUCACGCUAACGGACAGACAGAUUUCUUUUUAAGUCUGACUCUGAACCAAAUAGAAUUUGGCAGAAUAAUGUGAGUUUGUUCUUUUUUUGAUAUUGUAGAGAUCUCAUUUUGGGAUCUUGGAAAGUUUGAAAGAUAUCUCUUUUGGGGAAUUUGUGGACUUAAACCAAACCUUUUGGUGGAUAACUUGUUUUGGGAAUCUACUCCAUAGUUACUGUUCCAGAAUGCUGUGUCCCAGAGGCAUGUUCCAGCAGUUGAGUCUAGUUGUGUUCCUGCUGUGCUCCCCAGUGCCACUCUACGGGAAACCCAUCGAUUCUCUCACUAACAGAAUGAGGAGGUCAGUGAGUCACGCCCAGUUGAUGCACGACAAGGGACGGUCUCUGGAGGAGUUCAAGAGACGGCUCUGGCUCCAAGGGCUACUAGAUAAAGUCCACACAGCCGACAGCGAGCGAGCCCCGCCUCCCCAGAGUAGGAACAACGCCGACGGGGGCCACAUCACCUUCAGCGGGAGCGCCCUACGCCCCCCCAAACCCCCCGGAGGGACCAAGAACCUCCCUCUGAGUUUCCAGCUGGGAGGGGAGGUGGGCAACCUCCCCCAGGAGACCAACAAGUCUGUGGCCUACAAGGACCAGCCGCUGAAGGUGUCCACCAAGAGGAAAAAGAAGGCGAAGGGAGAGAGAGGGAGACGGAGGGAGAGCGAGAAGAGGAGGCGGCGGGCUCGCGACACAACCCUCGUCAUGACAUGGGAGACACAUAGGGAGUCACAGAGGACGCUAGACAGACCACAUCAUGUAGCCUUUGGGUGGCGCUGAACUAAUAACUCUGACAGACAGAGAAGUUCCAGCAUGACUGAUUGAGAUCUCAACGACUCUCAAGCAAAUAACUGAAACAGUCUCCCAAUACCAUAGUGGACAUUGUUCUUUGCCCUUCUUGUUUUAAUCAGCUGCUUUUUCUAUUUUCUAUUUUUGCCUUGAUAUAAAGUACUUUUAUAUAUCCAGAGAUCAGAGGUGUUUUCAUACUUUAUAACAACAUAUAUUACUUUUGCAUUCGUAUUUAUUUAGGUGAAUAAUAUGCAGAUCUUGAGAUAUAUCAAAUGACAAACUAUGCUUUACUCCUUCGCCAUUAUAAUUUGUGAGAAAACGAUGUACGACAGGUGCCUUCCAGGGGCUGAUCACACACUCAUCCAACCAGAUGCCCAUAUGUAAAGUAGAGCAUAGGCUACGCGGUAAACGUUACGCAUAAAAUAUUUGUUAACUAUACAUACUUAAAUUCACAAAAUUAGGGAGGACUAUUCUUUUUAAUGCUUGGUGGCUCUUGUGAAUAUUUUUUUUAAAAAUCUGUAGUUAGCAUCCAUAACAAAUAUUUCUCCCAUAAUUUAUUUCAUUUGAACUGUGUAUUUAUUUUGUGAAUGUAUUACGGUGCUGCUGACUUUCGGUCAUUUUAUAAAAACAAUAUAAUGCACUUUAGAUAUAAUGAUGAUAUCCUUAUGUUUUUGUUAAGUUACACAAGUGUUCUCCUUUGUGGUUGAUUUUUUUUUAUUUUUUGAAAAAUGUUCCUUCCUUCCUGUUGAUAUAAAUGCUUCAUUUUUAAUUUGUAUUUAUUUUUGUUUUCUUCCAUUUAUAGUACUGCCCAUUAUCACCUCAUUGACUUGGAUGUUAUUGGAUUGUUCCGUCAAACUCCUCUCCAGUUUUAGAAACUAUUUUUUGAUCAAAGAAGA